AUGGACGCUGAUUCCUCUUGGACUGCUCGUCUCUCUUCCGCAUCCAGACGUUAUCAAGCCGCUCUUCAAUCUCGAUCAGAUAUGUUCAUGGGUUUUGAUGAAAACGAUGUGGAAGAAGAUAUAAGGGAAGAGUUUCUGUGUCCGUUUUGUUCUGAGUAUUUUGAUAUUGUUGGGUUGUGCUGCCAUAUUGAUGAAGAGCAUCCAAUGGAGGCAAAAAAUGGGGUAUGUCCAGUUUGUGCAUUGAGGGUGGGGGUUGAUAUGGUUGCUCACAUAACCUUACAACAUGGAAAUAUAUUUAAGAUGCAGCGCAAGAGGAAAUCACGUAAAGGUGGAUCUUAUUCAACACUUUCUUUAUUGAGGAAGGAGCUGAGAGAAGGAAAUUUGCAAUCCCUUUUUGGUGGGUCUCCAUGUUUAGUGUCCUCGUCUAAUGCAGCACCUGAUCCGCUGCUGUCGUCAUUCAUAUUGCCUUUAAGUAAUGAAUCGAUGAGUUCUCAGUCUCACACACAAACUGAGAUUAGAUCAUCCAAGAAAAGCUCAGAUGAGACUGUACCAAAAAGCCAUGUGGAGACACCAACCAUGUCAGUUAAAGAUAAGGAGGAGAAGACGAAAAGAUGUGAGUUUAUUCAAGGGCUGUUGAUGUCCACCAUACUUGAUGACAAUUUAUGA